AUGGUAGAAAGGGGGAGGGGGGAGGAGGUGAGGGGGGAGAGUAGCGCAGUCGCCUCACAACAACCCGCCCCUGUCCCGCCUCCUUUCGCUUCUCCUCCCCUGCCUCCGCCCCCGGGGCCCCCGGGCUGGCCUCGCUCCUCGGCCUCGCUCCUCGGCCUCCCUCCUCGCCGCCACCACGGCUGGUAUCACUCCGCCCCGUGGGGAGGAUCCGGCUACUGGCGGGGGGAGGGGGCGGACGGGUGGCUAGAACUAGGAAAGGAAGGUAGGAAAGGGAAAGCCCAGCUCCUGAGAAAGGCUCUGGCCAACCCCCAGUCCAGGCUGGGCAAAGCCACAGGCGGGGCGGGGCUAGGCGAGGCGGCUGCUCCGGCGCCCUUACAUGGAGAAGGAGGCGCGCUGGGGGGAUCGCGUUUGCCACCCGAGUUGAAGGUGGAGUUGGGGAGCUGGGGCGGGGGCGGGACUCUUUGCAGUCGCUGGGGCGGAAGGAACUCGGGUCAGUCGAAGGGAAGGGAGGUCCGUGAGGCGACCGCCUUCAGUCUGGAAGAGGAGGUGGAGGGGGCUGCCUCGGAGGAGCCGGAGGCUGGGUCGGGGUUGGAGGGGGCGCUAGGAGGGAGUCUCGUACAGCCGCCUCCGUUCUUGGAUGGAUGCCGUGGGCUCCAAUUCCCGACUCCAUGGUUUUCUCGGUCGCAGCCCUUCGGCUUCCGUUUGCUCCCCAUGGGGUCUGGGUCUGGAUUGAGCGUCAGCCCCUGAGAAGGAUAGUCUUCCUUCCGUUUGCUCUCCCCUUAAGCCCACAACAACUACCCCCAAAAUGAGAUCUUGAUCAUUUGUUAAAGUCCGUUGCCCUGUGGCACCUGGGGGCGGAAUCCUUGGAGGCCGAGGAAGACUGACAAAGAUGACAAAAGAAGAAAAUAAUAUAUAGAAGUUUGUGAAGCAAUUUGGAACAACCUCCAAACUUACUAAAUUGUGUAACACCUAUUCCAGAGAAAUAAAAGAAGAAAAGGCUUAUGCAUAUAAGCAUCUCUUUUCAUAUUAUCUCCCAAGUGGAAACUAAGGAGGUUUCUUGUUGAUGAAGAAGAUCAGAAACUACAGCCUUGUGAGUUUUGAGAGGUAGGAAGAAGGAACUAUCUGAAGUCUAGAAGGACAUGAAAUCUGCCAAGUUUUGCAGCCAGCUCUGACAUCCACCCUAGCCCUCCUCCUAUCUCUUACCCCAACAUGGAUAUCCUGAGGAUCAAGGAAAGGCCUUUGAGAUCCAGUCCAGUCUUAACAGAGUAAGAACCGAUUCAAAAGAUAUGCUACCGGGUGAACUUAGUGGGACCAAUGUACUAUGUAGAAAUGAUGUUAAAUCUGUUUCCAAACUCUGUGGAUACUGAGGUGAUAUAGGGGAGAAUGUGCCCCUAAAGUGUUGGAAGGAAUGUUUCUGGUUCUGUUCUUAUAUCUCUGUAAUAAAUAUCCCUUUGUAAAAGAUAAUUGAUGUUACUUGUUUAAGUGGAACUGAGGUGCUAGUAAAAUGAUCCAGAAUGGGGGCAUGAACCAAUAAUAUUAUAGAGAUAUUUCUGUCCCCAAGAGUACUCCUUAGAACCUUCUUGUUCAGGAGGAGUGAGGGCAGAAUACUCAUUACAUGAAAAUAAAUAUAAGGUAACUUUUCAGAAGAAAGUGCUAGCAAUCUGGAGUGAAGAAAUGAUUAGUAAAGGUGCAGAGGUGGUGCUGGAUCUGAGUUCUGAAGAAAAAAGUGAUUCCAGAAGAUGGAUUUGAGAGUGUGCAAAUGUGAAGGAUGGCCAGUGCUAAGGUAUGCAAUCAGGAAAUAAAAUGUGCUGUAUGAAGUUCAGAAAGAAAGUCAGCUUGUUUGGACCAUCAAGUAAAUGAAGGGAAAUAAUAUAUACCUUUCAUUUUUCUGUAGUCUUGGUAGCAUUAUGCUUUCAUCCUUAACUGUCCCCAGGAUAAUUGUAAUUGUAUCUUUUAUUAAGCUGUAUUUGAAUAAAUCUUUUACU